CAGCCAGUCAGUCCACGGCGGCCGCCGGCGCAGCGCAGUCCGCGAGGCGUGCUGCUCGACGUCGCAGCGGGCGAAGUGAAAGUGAUCUCGGGUCGCGGAAGGUAAGGCGCCGGACGGGCGACCCACAUCCCCGGCGCGGGUCAGGGGAGGAAGUGUGUCGCCGGGGAACAGGAGCGGGCAGCAUGGCGUGACGGCGGGCGGGGAGCCAUGAGGAUCAGGCACUACCCCGGCCGCGCCGUCGUGCACGGCGGCGAAGACGACGACCUGCGCCCCGACAGCGACCCCGGCCGCGAGGUGAUGGCGCUGCUGUACGAGGCGAGCUGGAGGGAGUGUCUGCACGAGUCCGGCAAGGACCCGGGGGACGGGCGCCCCUCCAAGUCCAGGAGCUUCCGCGACGGCGACCGGCCGGCGCGGCGGGGCAAGACAGGCCUCGCCAAGGCCAGGAGCCUGCGCGUCGACCGGCCGAGGGCGAGGAGCGCGCAGGAGAAGGACACGCCGAGCUGGGAGUCGAAGACGGACCGCCCGGCGCGCAACCACGACGACUGCCCCGGGCGGAGGGCGAAGGUUAACGGCCACCCGUCGGACUGGGAGCCGGACGGAGACCUCGACGGCGAGAACAGCAUCCCCAGGGCGCGGGUGAGGCUCAAGGACAAGGUGAUGGACCCCGGGUGGGAUGCGGACUGCGAGGACGUGUGGGAACACAGGCAGGGCGUCGGCUGGACGAGGAGGUACCGGCAGAACGGCGGAGUCGCCGACGAAGCUGAAAAAACCUCCGGGAAGCACGGGGAGCCGUCGACGAGGCAUCCCCGCAGCUUCAGGCAUCGCACGGACGACGAGAAGUGCACGAUGACGGAAUCUCCGCUCGGGUCGUCCCUCGAAGGGAACCUCGACCACCACAAGAAGCUGCCGAAGCCCGCGCCCAGGAGGAGCCGCGGGGAAACUCCGAGGAACCUGAGGAACGGCCACCACGCCAAGCCGCCGACGCGGCGCGCGGCGAGGGAAGACGUCCUCGCGGAGUCGUCGACCUACCGGAACGGCGGCUGGGAGCGGGUGUACCAGAACAUCCCGCCGCCGGGUGAACCACCGGACGCGGGCGCGGACUUCAGCGCCGACAGGGAGGGCGGCUGCGACCUGUACGACCGGCCUAGGGGCUUCCCGGGAGAUGAGCCCUACCAGAACCUGCCGUGCCCCGGGACCCUGCUGCAGCUGUCCAGCUCGUACCGCGACGAGCGCGCCGCCUACGACCGGCCGCGGCGCGCGGAGUCGCCGGCGGACGAGGACGGCUACUACUCGGUGCCGUGCUCCGAGGCCGGCGGGCUGUACGCCGAGUGCGACCCGGGAUUCGCCAUCCCGCGGCCCAAGCUCAUCGUGCCCGUGCACACGUACGGCGUGCGCAAGCGCCGCACGGGCAACACGCGGCACCACGCGCGCCGCGGCAGCGCCGCCGGCUCGGAGGCGGGCGGGGGCGGCGACGGAGCGGCCAAGAAGCACCACACCUCGUGUCCAGAGGGCCGCGUGGAGGUGUCGCGCGAGAGCAAGUACCUCAGCACCCUGGCCCCGGGCAAGGUGUUCGGCGAGCUGGCCAUUCUCUACAACUGCAAGAGGACGGCCACCAUCAAAGCUGCCAGCGACUGCAAGCUGUGGGCGAUAGAGCGACAAUGCUUCCAGACGAUCAUGAUGAGGACCGGCCUGAUCCGGCAGGCAGAGUACACGGACUUCCUCAAGAGCGUACCUAUUUUCAAGGACCUUCCUGAAGAAACUCUUAUAAAGAUCUCUGAUGUUUUAGAAGAGACUUUCUACAAUGAGGGCGACUACAUCGUCCGCCAAGGAGCCAGGGGCGAUACUUUCUUCAUAAUUAGCAAAGGAAAGGUAAAAGUAACAAUAAAACAACCCAACACUGUUGAAGAAAAAUACAUCCGUACACUUCAGAAAGGAGACUUCUUUGGCGAGAAAGCUCUGCAGGGAGACGACUUGAGAACGGCAAACAUCAUAGCAGACGACCCGGAAGGUGUCUCUUGCUUGGUGAUUGAUCGCGAGACGUUCAACCAGCUGAUCUCCAGCCUGGACGAGAUUAGAACCAGAUACAAGGAUGAAGGCAUCGAGAGGAGAAGCAGGAUCAACGAGGAGUACCGGGAGGUGAAGCUGACGGACCUGCGCAUCCUGGCGACCCUGGGCGUGGGUGGCUUCGGGCGGGUGGAGCUGGUGCAGCUAGCCGGCGACCCGCUGCGCUCCUUCGCGCUCAAGCAGAUGAAGAAGAGCCAGAUCGUGGAGACGCGGCAGCAACAGCACAUCAUGUCCGAGAAGGAGAUCAUGGGCGAGGCGAACUGCGAGUUCAUAGUGAAGCUGUACAAGACGUUCAAGGACCGCAAGUACCUCUACAUGCUGAUGGAGUCCUGCCUCGGAGGCGAGCUGUGGACCAUUCUGAGGGACAAAGGUCAUUUUGAUGACAGUACAACACGAUUCUACACAGCUUGUGUGGUGGAAGCCUUCGACUAUUUACAUAGUCGUAACAUAAUUUAUCGAGACCUGAAGCCAGAAAACUUACUCCUCGAUAACACAGGUUAUGUCAAACUGGUGGAUUUUGGUUUCGCCAAAAAAUUGCAGCACGGCCGCAAGACGUGGACGUUUUGUGGGACGCCCGAGUACGUGGCGCCUGAAGUCAUUCUGAACCGGGGCCACGACAUCAGUGCAGACUACUGGUCCCUGGGAGUGCUGAUGUUCGAGCUGCUGACAGGCACACCCCCGUUUACUGGGGCAGACCCCAUGAAGACUUACAACAUCAUACUGAAGGGCAUCGAUGCCAUUGAGUUCCCUCGCAACAUCACCAGGAACGCCAUGGCGCUCAUCAAGAAGUUGUGUCGAGACAAUCCUGCAGAGCGCUUGGGCUAUCAGAAGGGAGGUAUCAGCGAGAUUCAGAAGCACAAGUGGUUCGACGGCUUCAACUGGGAGGGCCUGACGAACCACACGCUCACGCCGCCCAUCAUCCCGCAAGUGCGGAGUGUCACGGACACCACCAACUUCGACGACUACCCUCCGGACGGGGAGGGCCCUCCCCCGGACGACCUGUCCGGCUGGGACUCGGAGUUCUGAUCCCGGAGGCCGGCUGCGUUCCGGAGGAGCGCGGAUCACUGUGCCCGAGUAGGUCUCUGGCACGGGCGUCUGCGAGGCAAGCCAUGCUGCGGUAGGCACUGAAGAUAAACUCCCGUACUUUCCAGUUUCAUCGCAGAUCCAUAGCGUAACAAAUGUGUUUUAACAUCGUGAGAAAUGAGACGAGAAUGUCUUAGUUUUUUAUAUCUUGAUUGUCUAUAACACAAAUUCCCCCGUUGAUUAUUCUUGACAACAGUUCUUUUUUAAUUUCAUUAACAAAACCAAUUGUAAGCUGUACGUUGCAGUUUUAUUUCAUUUGCUGCAUUCUAAAUACGACAUGCCAACAUCCCUGGUAAUUUUGGACUUAGCUUAGUUAAAAGGAUAAUUUGGUCUUAAUAAUAGUUCUAGUAAUUUAAUCAUUCAGAAUCUUGGCAUUAUAUAGAAUGGUAAUCCUAAGAUACAGCGUCAAGUAGUGAAAGAGUCAAUCAAGUUACAGAAAAUAAUAUUUACAAAUGAUAUAGAUAAUUUGUAUAGAUUUGAGUUCCCUCCACCACCCCUAUUCUCAUACAGUAUUUAUCUAGCAAAUAUUUUUGUAGGCAUAAAAUUUUUUACUUUGAAAUAAUAUUUAUUCCUGUUGUAGAUUUAUAAUACCAUUAAGUCAGUCCUAAAUAACUAUUAUGCCUUAGCAUGACGUUGCUUGCCCGAUGUGAAAGACUAGUUUUGAGCAGACAUACAGUGAUCUUGUGCUACCUUUGUGCAUAACUUAAUGAUAAUUUUUGUUGAACUAAUUUAUGAUACUACUCAUUUUUAUUUGUCUUACUACUUUGAUGGUUUUCUGAUUCGUGCCAUGAUAAAAUGUAAUAUUCUUGUCAAGUUGAAGGUGCUGAUUUUUGUUGUCAACCUGUGUAUGCUGGAUUCAAGGGGCAGAAGUAUGAAGUACAGUAGAACCCCAAUUUUACAUUAUCCUAUUACUUGCCCCAUUACCUCAUUUGACAUAGUGCAAAAAAUUUCAGUUGAUUACAACGCGCUUACAAUCUGCUUACUGCAAUUUAUGCUGUUUGCUUAUGCUAUACCUACACAAAUUAGUUAUUCCUGUGUUUGUCACAUACAGCAAAUAUCCAUUAAAAAUAAUGUGGUUGGUACCAAAUUUUUAUCUGUACAUUUUUUAUCGAGAUGGAAAACAUUUUCAACUGAUAAAAAAAAUAAACAUUUUAAAGUGUGAGGAUGAGCACAAAGGUACUCAUGAGAGGUUAGGCAUGCCUAAUUCAACUCUGAAAAAUCGUGAAAUCACUGAAGGAAAUUAAGCCCAGUGUGGUGAUAAAGUACUGUAUUUUUAUUAAUAUUUUUAACAUGAAAUUACAAUAAAUUGCAAAUUAAAUUAGUACAUAUUUACAUGUACCUGUAUGUAUGCUUUUUAUGUAUACAGAAUGUAAAUAUAGGACUUUAAUGUUAUUUAUUCUAUUUAAUUAUGCUUCAUACACUUAUAAUCCAUAAUCAUGUUUAUAUCAGAGUAUGGUAGGCCAAUGUUAAAGGAUGUGAAUCACUGUUCCCCGAGGGGAAAAAAAUUCAUUCAUUUUACAACAUUUACAGACAUCUUCUUGAAUUGUGUAAAAAAGGGGUUCUACUGUAUACUGUUAGCUAGCCUAAUGUUGCUGCAUGUAGCAGGCUGGUUGUUUCUGGACAGGUCAAAGUCAUCACUGUUAAUAAGAGAGAGAAAAAGUGUCUUCAAGUCCUUCAUGGGAGAAUCGUAAUGCAAUAAUGUGGACGACUUGUAAAAGAAACAAUGUGCAAAAUUUUGAGUGUCUUUAGUAACAUGGUUUCCAGAAUUUAAAGAAAUACAUUUUAACCUCUUAGAAGAAAGUGUAAAUACUUUACCUAUGUUAGAUUGUUAGCAAGCUUGCGGGUUUCUUGCCAACACUAAACCAUCACGGAGUUUAUUGCUGUUAAACGUCAUAAGUUAAUGGAAUUGUUUUCAUAUUAUGUUCCUGUACAAUUUUAUUUUUCUGGCAUACAAGAAAUUAAGAGACAUAGAAUGCUUACCAGUCUGAGGCAUUCUUUUUGUGUUUGAAGCAAAAGUUUUGAAAAGAAGUUUGUAUGCCAGAAUAUAUUGUACAAGUAAAUUGUAAAUACAAGAAAUUCAUUAAUAUUAAAAUUUGGCUAUUGAAGAUAUUUGUGAAGAGCUGCUGUAAACUAUAGAAAUAUAUUUUCUUGUUCAAUGUUUUUUUUUUGUAAAAAUGCAAAUAAAAUUUUAUAUUGCUCAA